AAUCUAUCCGUGAGAUGGCAGUGCCGUAGCCGGCAACCGCCACACAAUAAAAUAUUAUUAAUUCCGAUUUUCACCUCAGUUUCAUAUGUUAUAACUAAAUAAAUCGAAUUCGGGGGCCCCCGUGGAUGACUUGAAGUGUGGAGCAAUGGCCGGACCGGACGUAGCCGCGCUCGCGGCCGAUUUAGCACGCGCCGUAGAAUUAACAAUGAGUCCUAAUGCUUCACAAUCGGAUAGACAGAAAGCUUACACAGCCUGCGAAAGUUUUAAAGAAACAUCACCACUUUGCGCUGAAGCCGGGUUGUUUUUGGCCGCGGGGACUCAACAUUCAUUAGUAUCCAGGCAUUUUGGAUUACAACUUAUGGAACAUACGGUUAAGUAUCGAUGGACGCAAAUUUCACAACAAGAAAAACUUUACAUCAAGGAGAAUGCAAUGAAAUUGUUAUCUGCUGGAAGUAUCAGUGAGGAACCCCAUAUGAAGGAUGCAUUAAGUAGGGUUAUCGUUGAAAUGGUGAAACGGGAGUGGCCCCAACAAUGGCCCAGCUUACUUAAUGAAUUGUCGGAUGCUUGUGCCUAUGGAGAGAUUCAGACUGAAAUUGUUUUGUUGGUUUUUUUACGUUUGGUUGAAGAUGUUGCUUUAUUACAAACUUUGGAGUCGAAUCAACGAAGAAAAGACAUUUACCAAGCCUUAACAACAAAUAUGGCAGUAAUUUUUGCAUUUUUCUUAAAAUUAAUUGAAUUGCACGUCACGAGGUUUCGCGCGUGUUGCGAAACUAACGAAACAUCAAAAGCCAGUUCUCAUGGUCGAGUGGUUCAAGUAGUACUCUUAACAUUAACGGGAUUCGUCGAAUGGGUCUCAAUGACGCAUGUAAUGACCCAAAACGGACGUCUCGUACAAAUUUUAUGCCUCCUUUUGAACGAUGAUAACACGUUUCGUUGCGCCGCAGCCGAAUGUCUUUUACAAAUCGUUAAUCGUAAAGGAAAAUUGGAAGAGCGCAAACCGAUUUUGAUAUUGUUUAAUGAUGAAGCUAUGGGAUGUUUAGUUUCGGCAGCUAAAUCGAUUGAUUCUUCAACAAUGGCCGUUGAAGAGCAAAGUUUUUUGUUUAAAAAGAAAUUGAUUCAAGUUUUAGCUGGAUUAGGGGCGCAAUUGUGCUCGUUGUGGGGGAAAGAAAAUAUUGGACGACCGCCAAAUUUUGCGAAUUAUUUGGAUGCGAUUUUAGCGUUUUCGCGGCACACUUCGUUAACGUUGGCUCAUUUGGCUAACCCCACUUGGAACAGCAUGAUGAAGCAUGAUCAAAUUUGUAGGGAACCAAUUUUUUUGAAUUACAUCCCCGAGUGGGUGCAAUGCACCGCUCCUAAGAUAAUUAAAAUGAAUUAUACCAGUGAAAAUGUCGAUCGGAGUAAUUCCGAUUUUGAUUCGGAAGAGGAAUAUUCAGCUUAUUUUUAUAGGUGUCGAAGUGAUUUUUUGGACACGUUUAGACAAGCGACUGUAAUUUCGCCGUUGGUUACGUUUUCGUAUGUUGAGCAGUGGUUGUUGAAGUGUUUAUUGGUUCCGAAUACGACGUUUGGGUUGUCGCUAAGUGAUCCGUUCCAUCAGGAGUGGGAGGCUUUGGGAACUUGUUUGGAAAGUGUUUUAAGCCGGGUGCUUCAAGCGCAAGAAAGGCCACCGAUUUCGUCGGGGUUACGGUUACUUCAAAUGUGUUUAACUUAUCAACCGGUUGAUCCGUUAAUUUUAUCGACUUUAUUGACUUGCAUUUCUGCCUUAUUCGUGUUCCUAAGUAUGUCCUCUGGACAAAUGGCACCAUCGGCGAGUUCAGUUGCAAUGUCUGGUGCUGCACUUCUACCUCAAGUCCUAGAUAAAAUUUUUUCAACUCUCAUGUAUUCCCCGCCCAAUCAAACUCGAGAAACGCGUUCGAGGGCUGUAAAAAAUGUGAGACGCCACGCAGCAUCCCUCAUGGUAAAAAUUGGCAAUAAAUAUCCAUUGCUUUUACUCCCAAUGUUCGAUCAAAUCCGAUUAACCGUUGAGAAUCUCUCAAGACCAGAAAGUCCAGCUGGUUUAAGCACAUUAGAAAAAGUAACUUUACACGAAGCUUUAUUGUUGAUUUCGAAUCAUUUCUGUGAUUACGAUCGACAGAGUUCUUUCGUCGGUGAGAUAAUGCGAGAGGCGAAUGUUCAAUGGCUCACAAUGGCCAGUGCUGGUGCUUUUAAAGGGGCGAUUGAAUUCAUGUCGUUCGUUGGGUUAAAUAAACCGCCGAGUGAGUCGAAUAAUUUCGGUACGAAUAGAAGGAAUUUAUUCUUUUGCGUCAACUUAUUAUUGGGUGCUGUGAAACGUUGCGCUUGGCCUGAUGACCCCGAAAGAGCAACUAGAGGCGGAUUCGUCGUCGGAUUAACAGAAUCGGGGAAUCCGAUUUGUCGAAAUCCCGCUGCGCCUCACGUCGUUCCAUUAUUACCCCACAUUUUGUCAUUAAUUCGAAUUUUUAAUGAAUUAUUUACCCCGGAAGCUCAAAGUGCCCUACACGAAACUUACAAAGAUUGUUUGAAUAUGAUGGAGACGGAAAAAGCGAAUCUUUUGGGACAAGUUGGUCAUAUAUACGAUGCAGGGGCCGCUGAACACAACGUCGGAAAAGAUUCCCCCACGGAGAGUAUGCAAAGAUUUUUAAUGAGUUUACAUGAGAGUUGUUAUCAUAUGAUGGGGUCAGUUGGAUCAUCGCUCGGACGAGAUUUAUAUAGCUUACCUGAUUUAGGCCCUGCGAUUGUAAAUAGUGUGUUGGCUUGUUUACAAUAUAUCCCAGAUUAUCGAUUGAGGCCAAUUAUUAGAGUUUAUAUGAAAGCUUUUAUAUAUUCGUGCCCACAAUUGUAUUACGAAGCUGUUAUUUUACCGAUUAUUGCUCAUAUUGGACCAAUAAUGGUGACGAAAUUAAAUGUGAAAUGGCAGCAUAUUAAUGAAGUACGUAGCCGGGAAGCGUCCGAUGAUAAUGCGGAUACUCAAGAAGUACUCGAAGAUAUUUUAACGCGUGCUUUAACUCGAGAAUGUCUCGAAGUACUUAAAGUAGCCCUCGUAGGGGGGAGUUUAACCCCGGAGGUUGCUCAUGAUAGUAUCAUGGAAACUGAGGAGCACAGUAUGGAUUCACCCCCUUCUCAUACUCGCAAUAACAUGACGACCGAGGUUAUUUCUGAGUUGGGGAUUUUGCUUUUACGGUCAGAAAAAACUUGCCAAUCGUUGGUUUUGGUUGUUUUGGGGGCUUUAUCUUGGAUAGAUAGUACGGCUUCGUUAAAGGCGACUUUAUUAACCGGCCCGAUUGUGAGACAAUUAAUGUUGGAUCACUCGUUAAAUGGGGAGAUGGCGGCGCAUAUUAUGGCGGCUGUUUUAAAUGCUUUAACGUUACACGGGCAACAUGAGGCGAAUCAAGGGUCGUUGUUAACGUUGGGUGCUCAAAUGUACGAGAUGUUGAGGCCGACUUUUUCGGAAGUUUUAGGUGUUAUGCAACAAAUUCCCGGGGUAAAUCCGGUUGAUUUACAAAAAUUAGAUGAACGAAUAUCUGGGAGUACCAGUAAAGGGAAUAAAAUUGAGAAGGUUAAGAAGGAUCUGUUUAAAAAAAUUACUGGAACGUUAAUGGGAAAAAGUGUGGGACAAUUAUUUAAAAAAGAAGUAAAAAUCCAUGAUUUGCCAACAAUUGUGAUUCCAAAAAAAAUUGAACCGAAACCAGUCGUGCCGGAUUUAAGAAACAUUUUCAACUCAUAAUACAUAUUAAAAAAACAUAAAAAAAAUGGCGUCGUCGUUCGUUAUUAAUAUUUAAUUUAUUUUUGGUUAAUUUGUACAACAUUCCACCGUUGUUUGAGAUUGUCUGAAGAAAAAGGAAUUCACCUAUUAUAUUCUGUACAUACUUCUUGUUAGAUUUUUUUUGUUUUCUUUUUUUAACUAUUUUUUGGUAAUUAUUUAAAUAUUUGUCCUUGCUUUUUUGAUAUAAAGAACUUUACUAUGGAUCUACUGAUGUGACAUAUUAAGAUUUAUGUAAUAAUUGAGAAAAAUAAAAAAUUAAUAGAAUUACAAAUAUGUAAGUAAA